AUGUCUCAACCACCUGAGACGAUAAUCAUUGUUGGCGCUGGCAUUGUCGGCUCGGCUUUGGCCUAUUAUCUAUCCUCCUCCGACACGACCCGCAACAUCAAACUAGUUGAUCGGUCUUUUCUUCCUCUCCUUGGUUCAACUGGCCAUGCCCCUGGCUUCGUCGGUCAAUUCAACGAGUCUGAAGUGCUCACGAAGUUGGCUAUUGAGACCGUAUCGGAGUACACCAAGAUUCCAGGGGGCUUCGAGAAUGUUGGUGGGUUAGAGGUAGCUUUUCAACCCGAAGGCGUUCGCCGACUUGAGUCAAGAUGCGCAUCCGCAUUGAAGUUAAAUCUUUCGGCCGAGAUUUUGAGCAUCGAAAAAGCCCAUACACUUGCGCCGACCUUGGUUCGUGAAUCUCAGUCCGGAACAGCCCUCUUCUUCCCCACGGAUGGAACUGCAAACGCAACCAAAAUUACAUCGUUCUAUCAAAAUGAAGCCAAAAGCUCUGGAGUCCAUCUAAUUCAGGGCGAUAUCACUGGACUUGUCUCUUCAGCUGGUCGAAUCACGGGUGUGAAGAUUUCCAAGGAGGGGUCAGACGAGAUGUUCAACGCCGACAAGGUCAUCCUGACAACAGGGAUCUGGGCCCAAGAUCUCUGUCAAGGAUUUGACUUCCCUAUGCCCGUUGUUCCAGUGGGUCACCCAUACUUAUAUGGCAAGGCUAGAGAUUCGCUGCCGCAAAAGAUUCCUUUUGUGCGAUGGCCGGAAUAUCACACCUAUGCCAGGGAUCACGGAGGACGAUAUGGGCUUGGAAGCUAUGAUCAUGCACCUACAGGAUGCAAGCCGCAAAAUGGAACGGCUAUCGGGGAAUGGAUUGCUGAUUUCAAUACACCGUUGAAAUCUGCUAUCGAUCUUUUGCCAGAGGCUACAGCUGAGGAGUUCAGCAAUGGAGAAUCUUUCAAUGGAAUUUUCUCAAUGACGCCGGAUAAUAUGCCUCUUGCGGGUCCUGUUCGCUCGAUAGAAGGACUCUACAUGGCUGUGGCAGUCUGGGUAACACAUGCUGCUGGUACAGCCAAGUUCUUGACCAGACUUAUUGAUAAUGCCAACGUGGAUCAGGGUACUAAGGCGGCCCUUGACCCCGAGAGGUUUAAAGGUCAGGACUCGGUAACACUGGAGGAGAAGUCUCUCGCGGGAUAUAAUUCAAUCUAA